AUGGUCUCAUCAAAGGUCAAAUAUGAAUUUGGGGGUCCUCUCGGUGCAGCUGCCAUUAUGGUUGGGUUGCCCCUGCUGUUCACCCUCUUCUAUUUCGCCUGCAAUGACAAGACAGGAUGUCCAGCCCCUAGUCUUCUGAGCCCUAGUCUGCUGACCUGGGAGAGGCUCAGAUCAGAAAUUCCCUGGCCCGAAGAGGGAGUCUGGGGAUUUGCGAGCAUAGAGGUUGCUGGUUGGCUCGUCGCCUACUACAUGUUUAGCAUGGUACUGUUCGCUGCCCUUCCAGCCCAGGCUGUUUUGGGCACAAAACUGCGCGAGUCUGGCCGUCCUCUUGAGUAUCGAUUCAACGCCUUCUCGUCCACCAUGGUCCACUUGAUCAUAUGUGCGAUGGGUACUUACUUUCAAGGCGCAAACUUUGUGGUCUGGACCUUCAUAACCGACAAUUAUCUACAACUUCUCACGUGCAGCAUCAUCCUCUCCUGGCUGAUCUCUCUGUACGUGUACCUUUGCAGCUUCGGCGUGAAGCUCCAGAAAGAGAACCUCCGCGAGCUGGCUAUCGGUGGCCAAACGGGUAACGUCGUCUAUGAUUUCUACAUUGGGCGUGAACUGAACCCGCGAUUCACCCUCCCAUUGAUUGGUGAAAUCGAUCUGAAAUCAUUCCUGGCAAUGCGUCCUGGCCUCACCGGUUGGCUUCUCCUCGACCUCGCUUUCAUCGCCAAGCAAUACCGUACCCAUGGCUUCGUCAGCAAUAGCAUCCUCCUCACCACCGCCGCGCAGUCCUACUAUAUCCUGGAGGGCCAGUACUUCGAAGAUGGCCUCCUCCGCAUGAUGGACAUCACGACCGAUGGCCUGGGCUUUAUGCUAACUUUUGGUGAUAUUGUCCUGGUGCCCUUUCUGUACUCCACGCAAUGUCGCUAUCUCGCAGUCCAUCCCGUCCAGCUCAGCUACGCGUGCGUUGUUGGUCUUUGUGCCAUUUUCGCCAUCGGCUUGUACAUUUUCCGCGCGUCAAAUGCGCAAAAGCUUCGCUUCCGGACCGAGCCUGAGCAUCCGAGUGUUAUCGACCUGUCGUACAUCCACACCAAACGCGGCACGAAGCUGCUGACAGGCGGCUGGUGGGGCAUGUCGCGCCACAUGAACUACUUGGGCGACUGGAUGCAGGGGUGGCCGUUCAGCGUUCCUACAGCAAUGGCCGGCUAUCUUCUCCUUCCCACAUCAGCUGCUGGGCCAGCAGAUCCCGAGGCAAUCCAGACUUUAGACGGCAGGUGGGUCGUCCAGGGAGCAGCAAAGGGCUGGGGCAUGAUUUUUACCUAUUGCUACGUUGUGUGGUUUGCCACACUGCUGAUUCAUAGAGAGCGCAGAGACGAUGCGGCUUGCAGUGAGAAGUAUGGUGAUGACUGGGAGAGGUACAAGAAGAUUGUGCGUUGGAGGAUCAUGCCUGGUAUCUAUUAA